UGUUCCCCUCUUCCUCCCCAGCGUUUUCCCCUCUGUCUCUGGGAAAUCAGCAGUUUAAGGGGGGAAAACAAGAGCGUGGAGCCAAGAAACAGGUCUGACCUCAGUUACUGGAAUUAAGCAAGGUGCUGUUUUAAAGAGUUUCUAAAGUGUGGGUGGCUAAGACAACAUGAACGCCACUGAACCAGGGUCCAACUUCAUCUUUAACACAGAAAAUGUCACUCUAUCCAACCUUACAACCACCAACACUUCUCCCACCAUCUCACAGCCCCCAUCCUAUUCUUCAGAUGACUACGACCCAGAAUUCACCAUCAUGGUGGUGCUGGGUUUAUCGCUGCUGCUGGCAGGAUUAGCAGCAUUUCUGGCAGUGUGCCGGCCCUCAGAACAGGAUGGGGACUCAGAGGCGAGCUGUGGCCCAGGGGAGAGCUUGACCCAUGGAAGAAGCCGGUCCAGUGAGCCCCAGCUCAAGGUGUGGAAGAGACUGGGGUCCUAUCGUCGUUCAUACAACCUCUCCUUCAGACGACCGCCCCAUCGUAGGCCGCAUGAGCGAGAGAUCACACAUGUGUCCCAGUCACUAGCUCAACAGACACCACAGCCAGAAGCCAGUACGGAGCCUCACCUUACUAUGCCAUGUCUAUUUGACUAUGUCACGGAAAUCUGACUUGAGGACAGGCUAAGGGCUGAUGACUGCUCCUCAAAACAAGUGAUACAGGUGGAUAAAGUGGAUGAGGUUUGCAACAAAACAAAUGUUUAAAAAUUGGGCAAUCAAAAAGCCAUUGCAGCGCAUUUCUUGUGACUGAAGAUUUCACCCUUUUUAGCAGGUAACAUUGUUGUGCAUGGAUGUUCUUUUUCAGCACUGCUCUGCACUAUUUUCACUAGAGAGAAAACUGAUCUAAUCCAACAACAACUCAAUUUGAUUGCAAUUAUCUCAGUAAAGAUUUGAUGCAUCAUCAGAUUUGACAUUCUAGAAUAAAUUGAAUUUGAUUUGAUUAUAUACUCAUUUUUCCAAGGGAAAUCAAACAGAUGCAGUGAAUAAUAAUUCAACAUAGAAACCCCACAGCAAGGUAAAUAAAUUUAGUCUUAAAAAUGUUCUUCCAUCACAUUCGUGGUGUGGGGAUGAGUAUGAUUUACACACCCCAUGGAUCUGGUAAUUCAUGUAUAUUAAGACAUUAUUUUAUCAAAACAUAAUGACUUACCAAUGCUGACAAGACAAAUGAACCCAGAGCCAAAAAGAGACCACUCUGUAACUGAUUGUGUUUUGUAAUUGUUUACAAAAUAAAAUUACUUUUUAAGUUUGA